AUGUGUGACGUUGUUUUAGGAUCCCAAUGGGGUGAUGAAGGUAAAGGGAAAUUAGUUGACUUAUUAUGUGAUGACAUUGAAGUUUGUGCUAGAUGUCAAGGAGGUAACAAUGCCGGGCACACUAUUGUUGUUGGUGACAAGAAAUAUGAUUUCCAUAUGUUACCCAGUGGAUUAGUCAACCCUAAAUGUGAAAAUGUUAUUGGAUCAGGUGUUGUUGUCCACGUGCCAUCUUUUUUCGAAGAAUUGUCAAAUUUAGAAUCUAAAGGUCUUGAUUGUCGUGGUCGUUUGUUUGUUAGUUCCAGAGCUCAUUUGGUGUUUGAUUUCCACCAAAGAACCGAUAAAUUGAAGGAAGCUGAAUUGUCGGAAAAUAAGAAAUCAAUUGGUACCACUGGAAAGGGUAUUGGUCCUACUUAUUCUACUAAAGCUUCGAGAUCUGGUAUUAGAGUUCAUCACUUAGUCAAUCCUGAUCCAAAGGCAUGGGAGGAAUUCAAAACUAGGUAUAUGAGAUUAGUUGAAUCUAGAAUGAAGAGAUAUGGGGAAUUUGAUUAUGAUUACGAAGAAGAAUUGGCCAGAUAUGCUAAAUACAGAGAAGAGUUGAGACCAUUUGUUGUUGACACUGUUGAGUACAUGCAUGAAGCCAUUGUUGCAAAAAAAAAGAUUUUGAUUGAAGGUGCCAAUGCCUUGAUGUUGGAUAUCGAUUUUGGUACUUAUCCUUAUGUCACUUCAUCCUCUACUGGUAUUGGUGGUGUAUUAACCGGAUUGGGUAUUCCACCAAAGACCAUUAGAAACAUCUACGGUGUUGUCAAGGCUUACACCACCAGAGUAGGUGAAGGUCCAUUCCCAACUGAACAAUUGAAUUCAGUUGGUGAAACAUUACAAGAUGUAGGUGCCGAAUAUGGUGUCACUACUGGAAGAAAAAGAAGAUGUGGUUGGUUAGAUUUGGUUGUAUUGAGAUAUUCAAAUUUGAUCAAUGGCUAUACUUCAUUAAACAUUACCAAAUUGGAUGUUUUGGACAAGUUUAAGGAAAUCAAGGUUGGUGUUGCUUAUAAAUUGAAUGGUAAAGAAUUGAAAAGUUUCCCUGAAGAUUUAAUCGAUUUGGCCAAUGUUGAAGUUGUUUAUGAAACCUUACCAGGUUGGGAAACUGAUAUAACCAAGAUUAAAAGCUAUGAAGACUUGCCAGAAAAUGCUAAAAAGUAUCUUGAUUAUAUUGAAAACUAUCUUCAAGUGCCAAUUCAAUGGGUUGGUACUGGUCCAGCUAGAGACUCCAUGUUGGUUAAACACCACUAA